UACGCGAUAUAACCGACACGCAAGAAGCAGGUUGAUUGCAAUAUAACGUUGCCCAGACUCCGGACAGAAGCCGACCAGCCUACCACGCGCUAUUGAGAACAAAGACGAGGAUCUUAUCUUCCAACUUAGCGGCGAUUGGCUUUUCACGGUGUCAUCUCCGUUCGUGAGAAAGAACCAGCCAGAACUGGAGGCGGUGGUAUGUGGAGGAAGAAAGAUGAGUCGACGAAAAAUGCGUCUACAUCGCCAAAUAAUGGGUUAUACGUAAGAAAUUGCAUCAAAUUCGUGUCUGAAUUCUGGUCAUCAUUGAUAUCGUCGCUUAGUAACAAUUUUGAAAGACUCUUCGAUUUUAAAAUAAGCAAUGUGUCAAGUCUUGAGAAAUUCACUCAAUUCCUGUAUCGUCCGACCGAUCCAGCGAGUCUAGGAGUGGCCAGAGCUUUAUUUGGCCUGUGCAUGGUGAUAGACGUCGUCGAGGAGAGAGGAUUCGCGAUCGUGGACGUAAAAUGGGGAGAUCCGUGGGACUGCCAUUUCCCGCUGAUCCAUGGGAUGAAGCCGCCGUCGCUGCCGUGGAUGGUGAUGAUAUACGCGGUAAUGUGGAUGGGUGCCUUCGGAAUCGCGCUCGGUCUGCGCUUCAGGCUCGCGUGCGCCUGCUUCGUGCUGCCUUAUUGGUAUAUCUUCUUGCUGGAAAAAAGCUACUGGAACAAUCAUACCUAUCUCUACGGCGUCGUGACCAUCUUGCUCUGGGGAACGGGGGCAAACAAAUAUUUCGCGUUAGAUGCAAACGGUGCGAAACGGGACGGCAACUUCGUGCCGUAUUGGAACUACUUUAUCCUGAAAUUUCAAUUCUUUGCGCUUUACUUUUUGGCCGGCUUGAAGAAGUCCGGCAGAGAAUGGCUCGAAGGCUACUCCAUGACGAAUCUGUCUAGACACUGGGUGUUUCAUCCAUUUAAAAUAUUUCUGUUCACGGAGCAGAUUGAUUUUCUAAUCGUCCACUGGUUCGGCUUUGUCUUCGAUCUGACUAUCGGAUUUUUUAUGCUGCUCGAGAAAACACGCGUACCGUCCAUGAUCUUCUGCACAGCUUUUCAUUUCAUGAACUCGAGACUAUUUAACAUAGGGAUGUUUCCAUAUGUGUGCUUGGCAACAAUGCCGCUCUUUUGUCGUGUAGACUGGCCACGUAGAUUAAGGCUGUACUUUAAGCGGAAACAAAAGAUUUUGUCGGUUAAUACAAAUUCAAUCGAUGCAAAUAACGUAGAAGAGACUGGUAGUCAAGCGAAAGGAUCUCUAAAGCACAACUGCUUAACAUUGCCUUCAAAUGAAAUCUUACAUACCGGAGCGAAACGUGAAGAGAAAGCAACAAGUGAAGAAAAAGAUAAAAAUUAUUUUGUUAAAUCAAAAUCUGAAGGAAAAGUCAAUAAAGAAAACAACGACACGCAAUUGUCUAAGAAAUCGAUUGAGCUCAAUGAAAAAGAAGCGAUAAGCGUUCGUGAAAAGAUUCAGACAGCUCGGCGUUCACCGAGAGUUACGAGAAAGCAAAAGUUUGUAGCGUCGCUGUUGCUGUGCCACAUCGUACUGCAGUUUUUUUCACCGUACUCGCAUUUUAUAUCAAAGGGCUAUAACAAUUGGGUACCCGGUCUAUAUGGUUAUUCCUGGGACAUGAUGGUUCAUGCCUGGGACACUGUACUCGUAGUGAUCAAAGUGCACGAUAACGCGAACGACGAGGUACGAUAUUUAGAUCCUUACGCGUGGGUGCAAAGCGAUCGAUGGCUGAGGCACGGGGACAUGGCAAUGCAAUAUUCACAAUGCCUAAAGGAUAACCUAAUGCGUCGGAAAAUGGAAGCGUUGUGGACCGAUCAUAAUUCCGAGGUUAAGGAAAAGUGGAUGAAACUGUCUACGAAUUUAAGCAUUUACAUGGAUGUGUGGUGUUCGCUGAACGGCAGAUUUCAACAGCGAAUAUUCGAUCCGAACGUCGACAUGUUGACGGUCGACUGGCAUCCAUUUAAGCCCAUUUCAUUCCUCAUGCCUCUACUCACGCAGUAUAGUUCAUAUCGACAUAAAAUGGAUGAGAUUCAACAGCACGUAUACACUUGGUCGAAUUAUACAGAUGUGUUGUUCGUGGCCGACUUUCCAGGGAUGUAUUUGGAAAAUUAUAUAUCCACCGAUUUCGCGAACGUAUCUUUGACGGUGCUAGAAGGCGAGAUAACUUACGUCGAAGACGAAUCGCCGGACGUGAUCACUCUGUCGAAGAAAAAAUCGAUCCCCAUUGAAACAGGGAAGUUUCAUCGAAUAAAAACUACAAGUUCUUACCCGGCAUGCUACAUGUACACUUACACCAACCAAACGAAGCAAUUGAGUAGCGAAAGAAGAGAACCUUCUCCAAUAAUAAAAAAUACGUCAUGGCUAUUAAACGAAAUUAAUAAUAAAAUCAUUGCAUGGACAAGGACAUUCGUCCAUAUAACAAAUGCCUUCUUAAAUUUAAUAUACGAUGUUCCUAUGGUACAACAAAUGCACCUUAACAAAUGA